AUGCCGACGGUCAAGAUCGUUGAAGUCGACAGCUUUUCCCCGCUGCCGGAGGACUUGCUAUUCAGGCUGUUCGCGCUGGAAGCACCGUGGAUCAUGCUCCCGGUAAUCCAGCGCGUGUUCCUCUUCGACAACGCCGGCGGCCAGCACCCGCCAUUCGCAUCUCUCGUCGGCUCCCUCCGCGCGUCACUAGUGGCCACGCUCGCGCGGCUUCCCCCGCUCGCCGGUAGGAUCGUCUUCCUGCCGUCCACCGGCGACGCCGCAAUCGACUGCUCCGCCUCCGAGGGAAGCGGCAUGCGGUUCAUCGUCGCGGAGAGCGACGACGCGGACGCGGGGCGGCUGGCCGGGGAUGCGUACCACGACGUGGACACGUUCAAGGCAUUCGUCCCGAAGCUCAAGGUCGACGCACUCCCCGCGGAGGUGCUGGCUGUGCAGGUCACACGGCUGAAGGGUGGGGUGGCGGUCGGCGUGGCGAUGCACCACGCCGUGGUCGACGGCCGGUCGGUGUGGAGGUUCCUGCAGGCGUGGGCGGCGGCCUGCCGCGGGGACGACGCUGCCGCAGAGGCGGUUGUGGCCGGCCUGACGUUCGACCGCGCGGUGAUCGCGCUCCCCAGCGGCGGGGAGCUCACGAGGAGCAUGCUGCGUAACUACGCACCAAAUCUGCCGCUGGUAUGUUCCUCCCGCCUUACUUCCCUUCUUAGUCCGUUCGUCUCGACCGCCGGCGAGCAAGCUAGCGCGCGGUCAAACUAA